AUGUCAUUUGAUGACUCUGAAGCUGCCUGGACGGCUCAACUGCUAACUGAACGACUAGUGAAUCACGAUAGCAUCUUGGAUCGCCCCAGUGGUCGGGAUGAUCUGCAAGUCCAGAAACAACAGAUUGACAAGAAUAGAAACAUCUCAUUUCGUGGAGAAAACGUCAAUGAUUGCAAGAUUUCAAUUUUGAACCAAUGGUCUAAGAUCAGCAAAGAGCCAGAACUUUUCAUGCUUGCUUGCCGGCCCAUGGGAGAUUACGGGUGGAUGAAGAAUGAUCCGCCAGAAGACUCAGGCGACGAUCUUGCAUUUCUCGUUGGCGGAAUUGAUGUUUGCAACGUGAAUUGA